AUGAUGGAGGAGGAAAGCGCAACAGAGGACACGGCAGUUUCUGCGUUCGACAGAGUUUUUAAUGUCACUAGCAGGGCAAGAAGGGAACUUGUACAAGCGGAAAGUCCAACAUUCCAACUGAGGCUGUUUUUGCUUCCUGGCCUUUCCUUUACAAAGCUACCAACAGUGGUUGAGCGAAGAGAAAUAAAAAAAAAUGGAUUUGGUAUCCCUGUGGAUGAUGUGGGUAGAGAAAAAGUCUCGCAGAUUCAACUGAAUUGGACUUUGGCAGAUUUCAAACAAUUUAUCUGUCAAAGUUUUCCUAAUGUCAGUCUAAAUUUGACUGGAUAUGAGGUGGCCAAGGCUGACAGAGGAAAGAACUUAAAGAAGGUUCAGUUUACUUCUGUCAAAGAACUGAAGCGAGCUCUUGGCCGGAGUAGACUGUACAUACUGCCGUUAGCAGAGUUAUCCCAGGAAUCCUCACCUCUGAGUCCAUCAAAUAAUUCUGAGCGGGCAUCCAGCUCUCAGACAGCUCCAUCUGAGGUCUUGCAGCAGUGCCGAACUUUGCAACAAGGCGAUGAAUGUGAAGAGGUUUUAGUAGCAGACAGAGAAAAUGAACCUUCACCUCCUUUGAGCCUGUCAGAUAAUUCUCAGCGGGCAUCCAGCUCUCAGACAGCUCCAUCUGAGGUCUUACAACAUUGGCGAGCUUUGCGACAACAACAGGACAGUGAAUACGAACAGUCUUUAAUAGCAGACCAAGAAAAGGAAAGGCGACGCCAGUGCUUGGAGGCUCAGGAGAAGAUUCGACUUAAGGCAAUUGAAGACCGACACCAGAGGAUUAUAAAUCUUGAGGAACCCAUUGAUGGUGUGCCGAUCAAAUUUAAGUUUCCCAAUGGACUGGAAAGGAUUCGAAAGUUCAACUUGUCUGAGACAAUUCAAGUAUUAUUUGACUUUGUUGGUCAGGAUGACCUGUCCAGUGAAGUUUUCUAUGUUCAGGAAGCAACAUCAUCUACACCUCUUAAAAAUAACCUUUCAGGAACACUGAAUGAUUACAACAUCAAGGGGUUUUCAACUCUGUACGUUGUUUGGACUUCAUCGGAGGAAGCACCUUCAUUAGCAUCGCCACAUGAGCCAUCUACUUCGGUACAGAGUGCUUGUCAUACUCCUUCACCACCACACUGGUCACCUGCACCUUCACCUCCACACUGGUCACCUGCUUCUUCACCUUCUUACACUUCUACUCACUGGUCACCUGUACAUUUUUCUCCCACUGAAGCAACCUCUGUGACAACAGAUAACUGUGAAUCUACUUCAGCUGAAUUUGAUCUGCAGAUGAUUUUGGAGAAGCUUCAUAGCAGAGUUGAUCUCUCUUCUUGUGCCACAAGCAACCAAAUCAAUGUAAUUCGAGACAACCUAUUACAGGGCAGCCUACAAGCUUUUAAACGAAGGCGUUUUAAUCCAGGAGCAAGGCUGGAUGUGGUUUUUGUGGAUUCUGAUGGGGUUGGUGAAGGAGCUGUAGACGAAGGUGGUCCCACCAGGGAAUACCUGCGUUUGCUGAUGAGGGAAAUUCAAACGUCAAGAAUUUUUGAAGGACCUGAAAAUAACAGAUUACUGGCUCUUGAUACUCAUGCUCUUGAGAACGGCUUGUACUCGACAAUUGGAAAAAUGAUUGCAGUCUGCAUAAUUCAUGGUGGCGUUGGACCUCAUUUUUUUUCUGAUCGUCUCUUUAUGCAACUCUUUGGAAAAUGUACACCUCCUGUCUCCCUUGAGGAAAUAGCAGACAGAUCCUUCAGAGAGAAACUCUUGAAGAUUAAAGAUGCAGACUCUGUUCAAAAAUCACAUGCUACAAUCUCAGAUGCUGUGGACUGUCUGAGCAUGAUGGGAGCCUUAAGGUAUAUCUCAUCUCUGGAAGAGAGAGAUUCCCUGGUCCAAUCUGCAGCAGAUUACUUUGUGAAUGGGCGGACAGUUUUGGCCCUCAGGCAGUUUGAAGAGGGUUUGAAAACCCUUGGUCUUCUUGAAGAGAUAAAGAAUCGUCCUGAAAUCUUUGAGGAUCUGUUUGUCAAUGCAGUCAGACCACUGGGUGCAAAAGAUCUGUCCACGCUUUUUCAGGUGAACUUCUCACCCCUUGGGAGCAACAAGAGGCAGUUGGAAAAUAAAACCAUUUGUUUCUGGAGAGAUUGGUUAAUUGAUGUAGAAGAAGGGGACUGCAAUCCUUUGACCUUAGAAAUGGUGCUGGAGUUUGCAUCUGGAGCCUCAUCUGUGCCACCACUAGGAUUCCCACAUCAACCCCAGAUUGAAUUCCUUCAUGAAGAUGGUCAAGAAGACAGAAUAUUUCCUGAGGCCAACACGUGCCUCAUUGUCCUACGACUUCCGAUUCAUAGUACAUAUGAAUCCUUCAGGACCUACAUAACUGAAGGCAUUUUGCAGUCGCCAACUUUUGGCAUCAUGUAAUUGCUCAUACCUUUACAAGUUAAUAAAACACUUUAAUGUUAGUGUUGUACUGUUUACAAUAUUUGUUACCUGUAUUUGGUAAUGUCCAAAUUAUACUGUAUGUGGGGUUACAGGUGCGCAGUUUGUGUCAAUACAAUGUACCUGGAUUUUUGGCAGAUUGUUUAAUUUGCAAAAA